GUGCCAAGACAUCAGCUCAGCCGUACGUUUGGUCGGGAAGCGCCUGUAGUCUUCAGCGCGCAUUAAUGUCGCAUCAGUAUCGUGUUCAAAAUGUGCUUGUUAUUAUUUUUGAAAAUCAUCAAAGCCCGUAACUAAYUCGGUCAGUACAAAACCCAUAUGCCGACUAAUCGUAAUAAUGCAUUUUUGAUUAGAACUUAGCGUACAUACUAAUUAUUUGCACAAUUUGCACGAUGCCGUUUUUUUCCGACUACGGCAAUUACAUGCACGGGUCGACUCCGUUCUCUUCGCAAUAUUACAGUCAGCUGCUGCCCUACCCUGGGUCCAAUCCCGGUGGCCGGUCUGCAUUCCGCGCGCAUGCGGUCCGUAGUAACUACAACUCGAUGGCGGUCGAACAGACACUGAGGGCCAUACGCAGAGGCCCGGGCGCGUUGGCCGCCCGACACUACGCCCGACCGGUGCACGUAAACACAUCGGAGAUCGACGUUACGUCGCCCCGGCGGCCGCGGCCGACGGCCACGACUGAAACGGCUGUGGACAAUAACGUCGGCGGCGGCGGCGGCGGCGGUGGCGGCAGCGUCAUACACCGUGGCCGCACCGUGGUCCGGUUGCACACGAACAAAAACAAUAACAACAAUAAGAGGUCAGUUAAACCGCCCGAGAACCAGACGGCGCCGGCGGUCACCGUGACCGCGAGUUCGGCGCUGCAGUACGAGGAAGGGCUGGCGAAAAAGGGCACCAUAAAGCGACACACGUCCGCGGGCGUCAAGGUGCCGGUGAACGAUGACCGCCGACCGUCCGUCACCGAUGAGAUAUUGCGCGAGCAGGAGGCGCUGUUCGACACAAUGAUCAUGGAGGAGAUGGAAGGGCAGGAGAAGAGGGUGCGGCGCAAGAGUUAUCCAGUGGACAUGGGUGGUGGUGGUGGUAGUGAUGGUGGUGCAGGUGGUGUUGGGGGUGGUAAACAACCGCACAGGACCAGGGAAACGAGAAAAAAAUCGGUGGCCGCGGCAAUGAUGUAUAGCGAACACCCGGACAAACCGGCUAAGAACAAGACCGCGGGCACCAACUGGAAGYUGAACUACGACGUGAUCAUCGAAGAGAGCGGCAUCGAACCGGUAAGUUUUACGUUCAAGCUGAACAAUACGACGAAGAAAGAAAGCGACGGUCGAAGCGGCGAUAACGGUAAGCUAGACGCUAACCAUAACGUAGUCAUCAGCAGAUCGCAUGAUAACGAUAAUAAACGUGAUCAAAAAAACAACAGCACCGAAAAGCAUGCAAAAACUGUAAUUAAUAAAAAUCAGUGUAAUAAUGAURAUUCGGAAGGUGGUGUAGUAGGUGUGCCCAUGAAGAAGACGAAAGUAGUGAAAAAGAAAAUAAUCGUCAAGAAGAAAGUGGUCAAGAAGAAGGAAAAAGAGGAGGACGCCGAAAUCCAGCAGGACAAGCAGGAACUGCAGAAGAAAAAAACCCCUUCACCGCCGAAAAAAGGCGGUUCRACGAACGCUGGCGCAGCGUCCGCGGUUAUAACACCGUUUGUACGCGCGUCCUUUGGCAAGACGUUCAUAUCGCCGUCACAAGUGAGCAGCACGAAGAGUAAGUUCGAAAAGCCAAAGCCCAAAAUCAACCUGGAAACGCCACCACCGCCACCAACGGCCCCGAAAACGCCGCCCGCCGCCGACAGCGGAUCGUCGUCUGACGAAUCGUCCGAUGAAGAUGACACGUCUUCGUCGUCGUCGUCGUCAACGUCGUUGUGCAGCGGAAGCAGUGGCAGCACGUUCUACGACUCGGACGAUUACGGUGACAAAAGAGUUGCAUGCAGUAAUUCUUCGUUCGAUUCUGGUUUGCCAUCCUCGCCCGUGCCCGCACAAGAUCCCAUAGACUCAUCGUCGUCGUCGGACGCGGCCACCAAUUCAUAUCAGAUCGGCGGCGCUGGAAAUGCGGACGGGGCCGAACGAUCCCUUCGUUCCUACAGUUAUCGGCACCACUCGAGGCCUAAACGUGUAGUGCCGCCGGCCACCAGCAUACCGCGGUUCCGAAAGUAUGCAGUUGACGACUUUAACUUCUUAAAAGUGCUCGGAAAAGGCAGCUUUGGAAAGGUAUUACUGGCCGAACUCAAAGGUACUGAUUACUAUUAUGCGGUAAAAUGCCUGAAAAAAGACGUAGUACUUGAGGAUGACGAUGUCGAAUGUACACUCAUCGAACGCAAAGUCCUCGCACUAGGAACAAAUCAUCCUUACUUGUGUCAUUUGUUUUGCACCUUUCAGACCGAGUCUCAUUUGUUCUUUGUCAUGGAGUAUCUGAAUGGCGGCGAUUUGAUGUUCCACAUACAACAGUCUGGACGAUUUGACGAAGGCCGAUCUCGAUUUUAUGCAUCUGAAAUAGUGUCAGGUCUAAAGUUCCUGCACAAAAAAGGCAUCGUGUACAGGGAUUUGAAGUUGGACAACAUAUUGUUAGAUUUCAACGGUCACGUACGUAUCGCUGAUUUUGGAAUGUGUAAACUUCAGAUAUACUUGGACAAAACGGCGGAUACAUUUUGUGGCACGCCCGAUUACAUGGCGCCAGAGAUAAUCAAAGGCCAGAAAUACAAUCAAAGUGUAGACUGGUGGUCUUUUGGCAUUCUGCUGUACGAGAUGUUGGUUGGCAAAUCGCCAUUCAGUGGUUGUGACGAGGACGCCCUGUUUUGGUCUAUAUGCAACGAACAACCUCAGUAUCCAAGAUACUUGUCGGUCGAUUCUAAAUCUGUUCUGGUAGCUUUACUAGAUAAAGACGCAACUAAACGAUUAGGGUCUUUAGAAGCUAACCAUUCGGCCGAGGAUGUGAUCAGACAUCCAUUUUUCAGUUCAAUGGACUGGUGUAAAUUGGAGAGACGAGAGUUAGAACCUCCAUACAUGCCUAGAGUUUAUCAUCCUUUGGACACUCAUUAUUUUGACAAGCACUUCACAAAAGAGAAACCGAGACUGACACCUGUUGAUAAAACUAUACUUCAGUCGAUGGAUCAGUCUCAAUUUGAUGGAUUUACCUAUACCAAUCCAAAUGUCACAGAUUCAUGAGUCAUUAUGCUACUCAUUAUUUUGUA